AAAGAACGAGGGGGAAAAUUUUUGGUCUAAUAGCAAGCAAAUAACACCUAAAUCAUCAAGCGGGUCGGGUGCUGCUCAAUAGAGAAGAGAACAUCGAAGCAGAAAAGCUUCAGUUCCAUACAUUUUUCCUGGCUAUGUUCUGUGCUGACUCUCCAAAAUGCUGCCGUACCUGGGUCGGAUCCUUUAAAAAUGCACUGCUUUUGGAGGAUCCGACACGCACUUGCAAUAUUUUCGGAGAGCCCAAGCAACAUAGCUUUCAGGGUAUUGUCUCUACAUCAUAAAUCAAGCCAAAAGAUUAUUCAGAUACUUAAACAUCCCGCUUUAUCUCACUUGAUGUCUCGCAAGCGCAAUGUCAUUGUUGCAACAGGCUUGGUAGCUUUUGCAGCUGCUGGCUUGUCCUUUCCAUUUUACAUGGCGUCAAGAUCAUCGGGGGCAACUCCAGUGAUUGAUUCAUCAAAGCCAUUACCACCCCAGGCGACUUUUCGUGGGCCUUACAUUAACACUGGAUCGCGUGAUAUUGGACCUGAUCAUCAAACUUACUCUAAGAAAUAACAUCUUGCUUAAUUAGAAUUUAGUAUGCUAGCAAUUGAAGUUGAUAAGAUUUUUUCUCUCUGUUUCCAUGUUCUGUAUUUAGUGAAAGGAGAUAAAUAAUGACCGUCUGUUGAAACUGCGUUACUCUCAUUAUGUUCUUGUCUUCUGGAGAGAACCUAUUGCAAUGUCGAUAUUACCUCUUAAUCAGCCUGGAUUGAUGAAGGACAUUAGCAUGUUUGAGAAUGAAUCUUUUUGGGAUAGUCGAGGAGCGCCCUAGCUGGCCUGGACACUACUGUUAUAAAAAAAAUGAUGUUCUUUUAGGGAAAGAGCGAGCCGUUUAUAAUAUCCUUUCACACAUAUUGUUGUGUUGUUGCCUUUUCAGUGAAUUUUUCGUUCAGAAACAGCUUUCUGUAAUAUGCUUCUUGCAGGGACAACAGAAAAAUGCCUUUGAACUGUUUAACUAUAUAUAAUGCAUUUGUACUCUUCAUUUCAAACA